CCUGGAGGUUCCUGUUCAGCAUUCCCACGGCAAGGAGCAGCUGACACUGAAAUGGCUCGGAUUUGCCCUUGAACCAAGAUGUUGAGAGUCCCCAGAGGGGUUCUGAGCUUGCAGCCUGAGUUUCUUAGAGGUAGAAAAUCGGGAGCUGGGCUCCUUGAGGCACAAGGUUAUACCCUUCGUAUGGGUUGAAGAGGUGAAUGGCCUGUGCCUGCAGCCAGCCCUGGGAGCGUGUGUGUUGGUGUGAGUGGCUGGCGUACCCACAGAGCACAACGCUGCAUUGCUGGGCUUGCCAGCUGCAGCCAGCGGAGAGGCUUUGGACCAGGUCCCAUGUGAGAAUCCUCUUGGUCUGGCCUAAAAUGAGGAACACUGAAAACUCUUGGGAUACAAAUGACAGGAGAUGGGGCUUUAACCUUGGUGUCUGCAGGUGGUUCCUGGACAAGCCGGCUGUGCAGAAGCGGGGUCCUCCAGGCCAGUAUAGCACCUUGUGCUCUCCUUCGCUCCUCGCUUCUCUGUGGGAGACAGAAAAGGCUCUGGAGAUGGACCUGUCCUACAGAUCCACCAUCUCCAUCUAUAAGAAUAUCCUGGAGCAGUUCAACCCUGCGCUGGAGAACCUGGUAUACCUGGGGAACAACUACCUGCGUGCCUUCCACGCAUUAUCCAAAGCGGCUGAAGUGUAUUUUAAGGCAAUCGAGAAGAUUGGGGAGCAAGCGCUGCAGAGCUCCACCUCACACGUGCUGGGUAAGGCUCACCCGCUUGCCAUCCUCUGUCCUAUGUCCGACACGCAGAGACUCCUGAGCUCUGAUUUGGAAGUCGUGGCUCAGACCUUCCACGUGGACCUGCUGCAGCACGUGGAGAAGAACAGCAAAAUGGAUGUGCAGUUCAUCAGUGAGAGCCAGAAGCAGUAUGAGCUGGAGUACCAGCGCAGAGCCACCAACCUGGAUAAGUGCAUGACAGAACUGUGGAGAAUGGAGAGGGCCCGCGAUAAAAAUGUCCGGGAGAUGAAGGAGAAUGUGAUGCGACUGCGCUCAGAGAUGCAGGCGUUCGUCUCUGAGAGUCAGAGGGAGGCUGAGCUGGAGGAGAAACGCCGCUACCGCUUCCUGGCUGAAAAGCACCAGAUGCUCUACAACACUCUCCUCCAGUUUUACAGCAGGGCCCGGAGCAUGAUCCAGACCAAGGCGCCGCAGUGGAAGGAGCAGCUGGAGGCCAGCCGCAACCCCUCAAACAGCCACUCUCAGGGGCUUCUUGCAGCCUCCCACGGCCAGGGGUAUCCACCGGGCCGGCUGACCCCCACCCACCUCGAGAUGUCCCAGAGACUCCCUGGGGACUUUGCUUCUUCCAUGACUGGGAGCAGAGCCAGCGUCUUCUCUCUGGAGUCUCCCGAAAUGAGACUGUCUCCUCAACCAGAGCCCCCCAGGCAGCCGCUGCGGAGGACACCAUCAGCCAGUUUGCUCCCUGCCGGCCGUAUCUCCCGUUCUGGUUCCUUUGGCGAGGCCAGCGGUGGCAGCGAAGGCAGGAGGCGGAGCGGCAUGGCGAGAGUGCAGGCUAUCGUGCCCCACACGACGGGCGCCAACCGGACCCUGCUGCGGUUUGACCCCGGGGAUGUCAUUACAGUGCUGAUGCCGGACGCACAGAAUGGCUGGCUGUAUGGCAAGCUGGAGGGCUCAUCCACGUGCGGCUGGUUCCCCGAAGCUUAUGUCAAGCCUCUGGAGGAUGCGAGGGAGAUGGAGGAGCCAGCCACCAGGUCCUUCCCACUGCGAAGCAGUCAUAGUAUGGAUGACAUCCUGGACCGUCCCAGCACUGCUUCCUCUAUCAAUUACUGGCCUGCUGCUGCCCAGCCCAGUUUGCCGAACCCACCUCCCCUCUUGUUAGGUGCCAGCAGUCACCAGAGUGGGAUGGCCACCCCAGUCAGUUCUGGCUCCAAGAAAUCAGGAGUAUUUGACCAGCCCCCUGAACUCUUCCCACGAGGUACCAACCCCUUUGCCACAGUCAAGCUGCGUCCCACGGUCACCAACGACCGCUCGGCACCCAUCAUCCGAUGAAGCAAGGCUGUGGAUGGCAGAGAAUUUCAGCAGGGAAGGGGGAGGCAUGCAAGUGACGGGCUGUGACACCCCCCCACACCCCACCGCGAGCUGGGCAGCAACCUAAUGCUACCACUCAUGGAGUAACCUCUCUUUUCCCCUCCCUUCCCUCCGGGUCAUGGGGACCCAUCUCGCCUGGCUGUCUGUCUGGCAUGCUUUAGCCAGCAGCAGAUCCCUGCUGCUCUUUUUGGAUUGUCCCCCGUCCCCCCUUCCCGUGUGAUGUUACUGUACUUGAGUGGGAGACGUCUGGUGUUACUGGUGCUGGUGGCCUGGGGGAGGGGAUGCUGCUGGUCUGGGAGACAGAGGGACGGAUGGGUAAGAUCAUCUGCAGCGUGGGGCAGUGCUAGCAGGACGAGGAAGGCGAAGCUUUGCUAGCCCUGCUGUGGGCAGAGAAGGACACUCGCCAAACAGUCCCUUUGCUACCAGAAGAAUGAACUGCAAAGGCAGGAGGCCACAAGGCAGCUUCCAGCCACAUGGUCUGGCUGCCAGGGUCUGCAGUGUGCAGUUCUCUGCUCUCGGCCCCUUUGGCAACCGUGUCCAUCUGUAGCAGCGUCUGCCCCUUUUUGCCCCGGCGCAGCCUCUUCUCUUGCUGGGCAGCCCCGGGGCAAGGUGGGGGCAGUGGGGGCAGGUGACAGUGCCCAGCACUGCCACCCUGCUCCUUCACCUGUUGUCCUGC